AUGGAGUUUCGGCCCGAAUAUGGCCGCCCUCCACCGGAAUUUUAUCGUGGUGUCGACUAUCCCGAAUAUCGGGAUUUUCGUGAGCCUGAUCAUCGUUCACAUGACUAUGUCGAUGUUCCCAGGCAUGAUUUUGCACCACAACUUCGAGCCCGUUCACAUACACGGCUCGAUCCUGAGUAUAUUCCAUCCGAAUUUCCUCCGUACAAUCGUCCAUUGGAUAAAACACUCAGGAGCAAAUCUUUGGACCAUCGUGAAGCCUUCGAUCGAGAUCACGUCUAUGACGACCGUCGAGGAAUAAACAUACCAAUUUAUCGAGAACGAAACGAAAGGUACUACGACUACGAAAAAGACCUCUAUACGCCAUUUGUUAGGCGAGAGGACCGAAGGGACGGUGUGCUGGACACAACGGCUCGAAGUGGUGCUUAUUCGCGUGACAUCGACAUUCCGUUGAAAAGAACACCUCGAGCACUGACGAGGAGCACCGAGUGGCUGUCACGACGAAACUACGAAGACGGCGGUAGACCUCGUAAUCCUCGUGAUGUUUCCAGAACUGAAGGCUACUCGCCCAAGUCAGCUUCCUCCUCGAAGCGUCACAACCUCAACAUCACAAUCGACCCAAGUCGUGCUCGACGAGAAUACGGCAGAUCAGAAGACUUUAUUGGUUACGGUGAUGGCCGAGAGAUGUACCGAGAUGAUGGCCGACAACAUGAGGUAGAGACUCGUGGGGGUGCCAGUGCACAUAGACGUCAGGCUCACUCCAGUUACCACCACGAGUCCCAUAUGAGUGGUGGUGGCGGAUUUGGUUCACCGUCACGACGAGCAAUCACGCAGCAACCGAUGCACGGUGGACCCGGAGCUCCUCCCGGUGCUUACCGUCCCAUACGGCAUCAUCGCGUCCAGUGCUGUUGCUUCAAUUUCACUUGGCCGCCAUGGAGCUACGAACCAACGGCACCACCUCAGCCACUCUAUAGAAAUAUUUAA